AUGCGCUCCGCCGCCAAACUCAGCCGCAUCCUCCUCCUCCUCCUCCUCCUCCUGCCGCCACCGCCCGCCGCCGCCUACUUCGGGUCAGCACCGCCCGCGGGGACCGGCCCCGGCACCGCCUUCGAGCCGGGGACCCGGGGGGAGCCGAGGGUCCUGGCUCUUGCUUUGCACUGCCUGCUCUCUCUCCCUCAAGCUGCUUCAGCAUGGCUUGGUCUCAGUGCCUUGGAAGCCCUGACCCACUUCCCAUCGCUGGGCAGCCCGGGGGGCUCCGGGCCCGCUCAGGGCCACGUGAAGCAGUGCGAGCUGCUCCAGCUGUCCCGAAAGCAGAAGCGGCUGUGCCGGAGGGAGCCGGGGCUGGCGGAGACGCUGCGGGACGCGAUCCGCCUGGGCAUCCUGGAGUGCCAGUUCCAAUUCCGCAGUGAGCGCUGGAACUGCAGCCUGGAGGGCCGGCCCAGCCUGCUCAAGAGAGGUUUUAAGGAAACAGCCUUCCUGUACGCGGUGUCCUCGGCCGCCCUGACGCACUCGCUGGCGCGGGCGUGCAGCGCGGGGCGCAUGGAGCGCUGCACCUGCGACGACUCCCCGGGCCUGGAGAACCGCAAGGCCUGGCAGUGGGGAGUCUGUGGGGACAACCUCAAGUACAGCACCAAGUUCCUGAAAAAGUUCCUGGGGCAGAAGAGGAUCGGCAAAGACCUGCGGGCCAAGGUGGACAUCCACAACACCAACGUGGGCAUCAAGGUAGGAGCUAACGGUCUCAAAACCACCUGUAAGUGCCACGGCGUGUCGGGCUCCUGCGCCGUGCGGACCUGCUGGAAGCAGCUCUCGCCCUUCCAUGAGAUCGGGCGGCUCCUCAAGCUCCGCUACGACGACGCCGUCAAAGUCUUCAGCACCAGCAACGACGCCGUGGGGCACUCGGAGCUGGCGGGGCCGCACAGACACGGCCCCUCGGCCAAGCAGCCCCUCCUGCCCCGUCCCACAGACCUGGUGUACGUGGAGGACUCGCCCAGCUUCUGCCGGCCCAGCAAAUACUCGCUGGGCACGGCCGGCAGGACCUGCUCCCGGGAGGGCAACUGCGACAGCAUGUGCUGCGGCAGGGGCUACAACACCCAGAGCCGCCUGGUGACCUUCUCCUGCCACUGCCAGGUGCAGUGGUGCUGCUACGUGGAGUGCCAGCAGUGCAUGCAGGAGGAGGUGGUGUACAGCUGCAAGCAGUAGGGCCGGCGCCCGAGGGGCGAGGAGAGUCCGGGGAGGCAGCAGGGGGACAGGGACACGGCUCUGCUGAGGGCAGAGGAAGCACCGAACGCGGGCUGUGCUCCUCCUGCCUCGGCCGUGAGAUGCUGCAGCCUGGGGAGAGCCCAGGGGGAAAGCAGAGGCUUUGUCGGGUGUGGGGUGAGGAAGGAGGGACAGAGCGGGGGGGAUGUGGGGACGGUGCAAACGCUGAU